AUGGCAGAAGUACUCAACAUUAAACUGAAAACAACUAGCCUUCUUACCCGAGGAAGCUUCAAGUUACGCAAAUGGUGCUCUAAUAGUCCUGAGAUCCUUCGUGAUAUUCCUGACGUAGACAAGGAAAAGUUUCUUAAGUUUGACGAUGGCAGUGACAUCACCAAAGCACUGGGGCUUGUCUGGGACCCGCACAAGGACAAAUUGCUAUUUUCAUUUGUACCACAAAGAGAAUUCGGAAAAAACUCCAAACGCUCUGCGUUGUCUACACUAGCUCGAUGUUACGAUCCCCUUGGACUAAUGGGGCCCACGCUGACCAAGGCGAAGAUUCUUCUGCAACGAAUGUGGAGAGAUAAGCUCGAGUGGGAUGAGAGUCUGCCACAAUCGUUAGACACUGCUUGGUCUGCUUUUUGCACUGGAUUUGCAGACAUGCAGUAUCUAUCAUUUCCUCGUUACGUUUUUCAGUCUGAAGCCAUUAGAGAAAUCCAUGCAUUUUGCGAUGCAAGCCUUGAAGCUUAUGGGACUUGUGUUUACACGCGAUCAACCAAGGACAACAACAUACAAGUUCACCUAUUAUGUUCAAAGGCCCGUGUCUCUCCACUAAAGACCGUCACCAUACCCAAGCUGGAACUCUGUGCAGCAACAUUGCUCGCACAGCUAAUGGGUGAGUUUACAAAAACGAAACUUUUUAAUUGUUCAUUUCAUUGUUGGUCAGAUUCCUCCACCGUCCUUUCGUGGCUGCGAGAAGAACCGUCAAGGUUUAACGUUUUUGUCGCCAAUCGGGUUUCCACCAUACAUCAACUGACAGAGGGCAUGCAAUGGCACUAUGUUCCUACAGCAAUGAACUCGGCUGACAUUUUAUCGAAGGGAGCUACACCCCGGGAACUUCUAGGAUCGAAACUUUGGAUGCACGGCCCACCCUUUUUGCUAGAAGCGGAGGACAACUGGCCACGCAUGUGCUCACCACAACCAAAACUUCCCGAAAUUCGACAAAGGGUUUUGCUUUCUGCAAAUAAUCAUAUAGACAUUUCCCUUUCAUUCAAAUACAUUAACUCAUUCGGAACAAUGCAGCGAAUUUUUGGGUAUGUCAGCAAAUUUAUUAACAUCAAAAAAUCGCCAAGGUCAUCGCAACUUAAGGCUGAAGACAUUCAUCAGGGAACUCAACUUCUUAUUCGCAUAGUACAAAGAGCGCAAUUGUGGCCGGAGUACACUGUAUUGCAAGCCAAUAAAUGCGUCCCUAAUUCGAGCAGCAUUGCCUCGUUGUCGCCAUUCCUUGAUGACUUCGGAAUUAUUAGAGUCGGUGGACGAUUAAAAAAUUCGAUGCUUAGCUUUUCAUCGCGCCAUCCAUGCAUUCUACCGAAGGAUCAUCUACUGACGUACGCAAUAAUCACCUAUUUUCAUCGUAAGCAUCACCAUGCAGGUCCUCAAGCUUUACUCGCCUUUAUUCGUAUGCAGUUUUGGCCAAUAGGUGGCAGGAAAACAACAGCUCGCGUUCUACAAAAAUGCAUUAUCUGCCUCAAAUCAAGACCGAGACUCGUCGAGCACAUAAUGGCUGAUCUGCCCAAGGAACGCAUUCAGGCUUCGCGGCCCUUCAUAGUCACCGGUGUGGAUUACUGCGGACCGUUUUAUUACAAGCCUGAAGUGCGCAACAAAUCGCCACAAAAAUGCUAUGUUAGCGUGUUCAUAUGCUUCGCUACAAAGGCUGUUUGGAUGGAGUUGGUAAGAGACCUUUCAACGGGUGCAUUUAUUGACGCAUUAAAAAGAUUCAUAGCCACGCGUGGAAUACCAAGAUGUAUCUGGUCUGACAAUGCAACGAAUUUUGUAGGCGCUAAGAACGAGCUUAAGGAACUACGAGACUUAGUUCUCAGUGAAAAACACCGCAGCAAACUUCACAACUUUUGCCUCAGUAAUGGGUUCGAUUGGCGCUUCAUUCCCCCUCGCUCCCCGCACUUUGGCGGUUUGUGGGAAGCAGCCGUAAAGACAGCCAAGCAACAUUUCUAUCGUUCCGCUAGCUCAUCAAUUCUUGGGUUUGAUGAAUUGCGUACAUUGAAAAUCCAGAGGAUUUGGAUGUCCUAACACCAGGGCAUUUUUUGAUUGGUGGUCCUAUGACAGCUCUUCCUGAACCGGAUCUCACGGCGCUAAAUUACUCGCGACUUGAUCGAUGGCAACGUGUAACAUAUAUACAACAAGUCUUUUGGAGGCGGUGGACUCAAGAGUAUCUCACUCUUCUCCAGCAACGCGCAAAAUGCCUCAAGCCGAUAUUCAAGUCAAUGAUGUCGUGUGCAUAAAGGAAGAAAAUUCACCGCCCUUGAAGUGGCCUCUAGCACGAGUAAUUGAAGUUAUCCCUGGAGCAGAUGGUGUCGUACGAGUGGCACUUUUGCGAACAUCUAGUGGCAUAAAGCGUCGAGCCGUAAACAAACUGUGUGUUCUCCCGGUAAGGGAUUCUGUUGAAAGCCGUGACCUUUCAACGGGGGGGAGGAUGUUCGGAGCCGCGGAUGAUCUGCCCUAAUGCACCCGCAAAUAAACAGUAGCUUGCAAGCACAUAUGUACGUACAUACAGAGGUGGGCACAUACAUAUUUUUCUUAUCUAUCGCUAUGUUGUGCCGGUACAUAGAAAUUUAUGUAAUUAUCAUGUUUUUUAUUUCUGUUAUUCCUUGAAAUCCGUUCUUCGUUGUUCUGCAUAAAUAUGUCACACAGCAAGUAAGUUAGGCAGUCUUGUACAAACAUUUGAAAAUAAAUAGUCGAAUAA